AAGUUGCAGCCUACGCAUCUUCAUUGAGUCGAUACUAUUAUUUUCCGCGGCAGGAAUUUUAAACCAACAAUUGAAUAAUGGACAACUUACCGAAUAAAGACGACACCGAAAUGGUCUCCAAAGUAAUUAGUUUUGAUGAGGUUGUUAAAACAUCAAUUGAAACAUUCCGUAACACAUUCGGUACCGAGCCAGACAUUGCCGCCUGUGCACCGGGCCGUGUCAACUUAAUUGGAGACCACGUGGACUACAACGAUGGCUUCGUCCUGCCGAUGGCACUUCCCAUGGUGACAGUGAUCGUUGGCAAGAAAAACUCAACAGCUUCGAGCUGCGAUGUGCUGACUUGCUUCGAGGGAAUAAAGGACGAACGGAGGGCACAGUUUGACAGCGAAAACAUUGCACGAGGUGUUCCAAAGUGGCUAAACUACGUGAAAGGCGUGAUGUUCAACUUUGGUCGGUCCAUUCCGGGUUUUAACGCGGUUAUAAACUCCAACGUUCCGAUUGGUGGUGGACUCUCCAGCAGUGCAGCUUUGGAGGUAGCGACGGUAAUGUUUCUGGAACAGUUGACGGGACAAAAAAUUGCAAAGUCGAGUGAUAAGGCACUCAUUUGCCAGAAAGCGGAACAUACCUUCGCCAAUAUGCCCUGUGGAAUCAUGGACCAACUUAUCUCGGUUUGCGGCCAAAGAAACCGGGCUCUGCUGAUCGACUGUCGAAGCCUCACCACCACCCAGAUUCCGUUCGAAGCAGCCGGGCUUGCGGUGUUAAUCUGCAACUCGAGCGUAAAGCAUGAACUGUCCUCCAGCGAGUAUCCGACACGACGCAAACAGUGCCAGGAAGCACUGCAACUGAUGGGACUCAAAAGCUACCGGGAUGCAACCGAGAAGAACCUGGACGCUUUGAAGAAUGCCGACGAGGUACUGAUGCGAAGGGCCCGACAUGUUAUCACCGAGAUUAAGCGAACCGUGACCGCAGCCGAGGCGUUGAAGGCGAACGAUUACCAAAAGAUGGGAAAAUUAAUGAUCGAGUCCCAUAAAUCGUUGCGCGACGAUUUCAACGUCUCGUGCCACGAGCUGGACAUCCUGGUGGAGGCGACCAUCGGGGCUCCCGGUGUCCUGGGAACACGGAUGACCGGUGGGGGAUUCGGUGGCUGCACUGUGACCCUGCUGCUGAAGGAAUCCAUCGAGGCGGCUGUCAAGGAAAUCGAUACGAUUUAUUCGCGCAAAGUGGGCGGCAAAUAUCGGGCCCGGUUCUACCUGGCCGAACCGGCGGAUGGUGCGAGGUUGAUUAAUUUGCACCAUUACUGAAGUCACUGGAAGCGGUGGCAUGGGCAGAGAGGGAGGUCCUACCCUUCUUCGCUCGAGCCGGAACGUGCUGCCUCGCAACGGAAUGAGAUCAAUGGGGCUUGAUUAGGAACAAAUCAAAUAAACAUUGGCGGGGCGGAUGUCGAAAAUGGAUCGGGUCGUGUUUUAUGUUUCUUGUAUAGUGCGAUUUUUUUGUUGAAUGAAACUUUGAAUCGUCCUUUUCUUCUAGUUGUAUAGCAGAAAAUAUGAUUGAAACUAGUGUCUAGUGCAUUUAGUAGAUAAAUAAAUUUCUACAUUCCAA